UUCAACCUAAUUGACUUCACGAAUGUGUCAAAUAUUCAGUAGUACUGUUAAACAACUAAAGAAAAAGACGAAAGUGCGUUUCCUCCCACACGCUUAGCUAGAAGCUGUCAGCUGACUGAACCAACAGGAAGCAAAAUUUAUACGGUCGAGACCAUGAAGAAAAUCAAAGGCAAAGCAAGUAACAAGACUGAAAAGGAAUUUGUGUUUGAAUUCAAGGCAGGGAGACACAACUGUGUUCUCAAAGUGCCUUUGCAGUUCCCUGUUCAGGAGAACAUCAGUGACCAUCAUGGACGUCUGAUGCUGCUACAUAAAAUACCCUGCUACAUAGAAAACGAACUAAAAGUGUCCCUGUCCGACUUCAUUGAGAAAGAGACCAUUUUGGAUUACGACAGAGAGGCAGAACUGGCCCUGCAAAGACUCACGAUAGGACAUGUAGAUGUAAAUCAGCUCGCCAGUGCGUGGACCAGAGCCUAUGUAGAGACCACGCUAGAGCAUGCGCGACCCGAGGAGCCCUGCUGGGAUGAAGAUUUUGCAGAUGUUUACCACGAGUUGAUCCAUUCUCCUGCCUCUGAUACGCUUCUCAACCUGGAGCACAAUUACUUUGUCCGUAUCUCUGAGCUCAUCAGCGAGAGAGACAUGGAGAUCAAGAAGAUACAAGAGAGACAAGCUGCAGAAAUGGACAAGGUGAUGCAUGAGUUGGGAAAUACACUGAGUGACCAUGAUGUAAAUGCAGUAGCUUCCCAGCACUUUGAUGCACAGCAGGUGCUGGAGAACAAGUGGGUCACUGAACUGAAGCAAGUGACUUGUAUUCAAAAGCAAGAAUAUCAAGAGUGGGUCAUUAAAUUGCACCAGGACCUGCAGAAAUCCAACAACAGCAGCCAAAUUAAUGAGGAGAUUAAGGUACAGUCCAGCCAGCUGUCAGAACCUUCCGAUUCUGGAGGCAGGAUGUUUGAGGAGCAGCCUCAACUGGAAGAAAGCUUCACUAUUCAUUUAGGAGCACAGUUGAAGACGAUGCAUAACCUGCGGCUGGUGCGGGCAGAUGUGUUGGACUUUUGUAAGCACAGACGUCACGGCAGCAGUGGAGCAAAGUUGCGGCGUCUCCAAACGGCCCUUUCGCUCUAUUCCUCGUCACUUUGUGGUUUGGUGCUUUUGGUUGACAACAGGGUCAACUCCUACAGUGGCAUCAAGAGAGAUUUCGCCACAGUGGCCAAGGAGUGCACAGACUUCCACUUUCUCUGCCUGGAGGAGCAGCUAGAGGAGGUGCAGCAGGUGGUGCUGUACGCCAGAGCCCAGCGAAGCAGCAAGCAAAAAGGUCAACCUGAGCACCCCAGGAAUGGAAAUGAUGAUAAAAGUAAAAAUGUUGAAAGAAAUCCUUCGAAUAUCUUGGCAGGGGAGUUCUAUGUCUCGCGUCACUCCAACCUGUCCGAGGUCCACGUCAUCUUCCACCUGUGUGUGGACGACAACGUGCGUUCAGGGAACAUCACGGCCAGGGACCCGGCCAUCAUGGGCCUGAGGAACAUUCUGAAGGUCUGCUGCACACAUGAUGUAACCACCAUCACCAUCCCGCUGCUGCUGGUGCAUGACAUGUCAGAGGAAAUGACCAUACCGUGGUGUUUGAAGAGAGCUGAACUGGUCUUCAAAUGUGUAAAAGGUUUCAUGAUGGAGAUGGCCUCAUGGGAUGGAGGCAUAUCGCGCACGGUGCAGUUUCUCGUGCCAAAGAGUAUUUCAGAGGAAAUGUUCUACCAGUUAAGCAACAUGCUGCCUCAGAUCUUCCGUGUCUCCUCCACCUUGACACUCACGUCAAGGCCUUGAGGGCUACAGAUGCAUCACACUCUCAAGGUGCAGGACGAGUGAUGAUCUUUUCCCGUCUUUUUAAAGUCGUUGCUGUGUUUUGAGUCUGAAAUUUCGGGUGGGGGGGGGGGGGGGGGGGGGGGGGGGACAUGAGAAAACCCCAUUGGCUCUACCUUAAAGUGCUUACAGAUAAGUGAGGAUCCUUAAGCAGUUUUGAUUUGUGUUCUCUUUAAAGCUGCAUAUCUUACUGAAAGACGACUGGGUCCCGCAGCUCGCCGAAGCAGCUGCUGCAAUUAUCAUUUCAAACCUCCAGGGUGCAGUGCCACUGACAGACUUUUAUGACAUCGGCAACAAACCGGGAGCUUCUGUCAUUUCUUCAGAACUGCUAUCUGUAGCUUACUCUGUUUGUUGGAGCUCCAGUAUAAUACUGCAUCUAAUGACGUCAAGUGUUCUACUUUCAUCUCGCUGGUAGGCAGUGCAAAUACAUCACCUUGGAAGAUGGCUUUAAUACAAAUGCAGUGGAGCCUCCAAUGAAGACAGUUCGGGGUGCGGGUGGUUUCAAAAUGUUUUAUCGAACAUAAAAUAUAAAUGAAUCAGUUCCAGAGUAAAACUGUGGCCAUCGUCGGACCUUUAUUAAUUGUACAGGCAAUGUUAUAAUUAUCAUAACCAUCGUACAAUUUGACCAUUGUGUACGAGUAUGUAAAUAUGGUACAUGAUCAAAUAUAUAUAACAUAUUUUGAUGUGAGGAGGGAUCAAGGUCAUACAAGUGCAUAAAUAGGUUGACUGCUUCACAAUGACACUAAACAAACAACUAAAAAUGUCCUGGCUGCUCAGUACAAUAUGGCUAAAGCGACACUAUGUUGUCAUCAAUAAUGAAAGAGGAAAAAAUAAAUGUACACCGCUACAAAGUUUUGGCUUUGUGUUGGAGACUCACCAGAGGCAAAAACGGUAACCUCCCUCUGCAGCUGCAACCAAGUGUGACUACUAAAUGUAUAGUUUGAAAAGGGACACUGUGUAGGAAUUACUCCCAUCGAGCGUUGAAAUUGCAUAUUGCAUCCAAACAAAUCAUGCGCUGUAGAACCUGUUUUAAACACGUAUUGCAACAACGGUAGCCGUCGUAGAUUAGAAAACCAAAUGAAGAUGGGUAGCUCGAGGCUAAUUUAGGCAGUGUUGACUUACUCGUUGAGGAGAAAGCUGGCAAGUUCAGUUUCAAGAUGGCAGACUGUCAUGGUGCUCCCCUACUGGGUCACCGCUCUUAUGUAUAAAUAAAUCUCAAAAUCUUUGCUUAUGAGAAUCUAUCAUAUUAUUAGCAGAGGUCAUAAUACACCAAUGAUGACACAUAUAUAAAUGGAGACAUUGAUUUUGGCCAGUAAACUGAAAAUGUUACACAGUGUCCCUUUAAUGUUGUUUUUAAAAAAAAUGUGUUUUUUUUUUUUUUUUUUUACACUUUCAUCACAGACUUUGCUAUUCAUGUACAAGGCCAUCCAUCGUGUGUCACACGAAGCUAAGUCGACACUAUAGUUUCUCGGUUUUGAACAUGCGCCACAAUUGAAAUAGACAUGGUCUAGUUCUUAAAGGAAGCUGUCAUGGGUGUCACACGAUAAACUAUAUGUUUACGUCACGUAACCUGUGGCUCUUUUGACCUUGUGACGACAACCCAGGCCUGGCAGUAGGAUUAAGCAGUCAUAUCUCAAGGUGCCAUUGUUUGGUCAUUUCAUGUGUCGGGGGAAAGGUUUCCUGCAGAGACAAGUGAUGCCAGCUGUUCAAAUUCCCAAUAGACCAUUUGCACUGGUGCAAAGAUGAGCAGUAUGCAGCUUUUUAAUGCUGCAUUGCAGUGAGCCCGACUGAGGAUCACUCUGCUUAGGUGUGUUUGCUCCCUCCUCUCCACUUUCAUGACAGCAGGUGGCACUGUUCUUGAAUACAAAUGUUUUUUUUCUUUUUUAAAAAAAAGAGAGAAAAAAGGUCUACAGUAGUGAAUAUGUAUUUUUUGUCUUGUACCACAGAGCUGCAGUUCAUCCAGAUGUCAGUGUUUUGGUUUCUCCCAAAAUAUCGAUGCAUACCUAAUUGCCUGUACAUUUACUUUUUGAUAAAACAUGAACAUAUUUAAACACCACAUUCUUAAUUCCUCAAGAAAAUCUCUUCACAGAGUUACCACUUUAUAUGAUUAGGAUUUAUAUUUGUCAGGCUCAGUGUGUCAAUCUGAAUUGAUGAGUUGGCCAAGGGCACAGAACCUCUCCAACGGUAUUAUUAAUCCAUACAAGUGAUUGGAAUUGCCUUCAUGCACUUUUUAAAUGGGUUUGUCAACACUUUGAGUUUGAGUGAAAUCUAUUCAGGUUUGACAAGAAAGUUGGCCAUCAGUAUCUAGGGUGCGUCGAUUACAAUGGUUUAUAGUCACCGUAAGAAAAUUAAAACAAACACCGCGUCGCUUCUUUCGUGAUAAACACAGUAAGCAGGAUGUGCAGAGGAAACCUCGAGUUAGGAGUUUGCACGAUAUAUCACGCUACCAUGUUGAGAAAUGAUGAAAUUCUAAAGUUAUGUUUUGCGGAGAGUUCAGCAUUCUUAGAAUUGGUCUCCGUGGUCUUGGGUGUUGGGUUUCCUUAAACACAGCACACAUAGUCCAUUCAGUACUAUAGCUAGUCCAUGUCUCCCGCUUCUCAGUGCUAUUUAUGUGCUUGAAAAAUGAUGAGUGCAGUGUUUACUUUCACAGAUACGUCAUUUCAUGAAAGCAGCUACAACAGCUACAGAAGGUUGUGUUUACAAACUACCCAAAAUAACCAUGACCCAACUCCCUUAACCUCGUUUGAAAUGUAUAAUUAAACCAACAUUACAGUAAGCGUUGUUUUAGUCCAAAAGCCAAAGGUAUUGGUACAACAAGGUCAAUUCCUUUGUUUUUGUUGAAUACUGAAGAUAUUUGGGUUUCAGAUUGAAAGAUGAAUAUGUGACAAUAGUUCAGAAUUCCAGCUUUUAUUUCGUCUAGGCGUGUUAAACAACUCAGGACAGAGCACCUUUUGUUUGAAGCCUCCCACUUUUCAACUGAGCAAAAGUAUUGGAACAGACUAUUAAAUUAACUUAAAGUGAUUAACGUUUUCUAUUUGGUGGCAUAACCCUUACUUGCAAUAACUGCAUCACGCCUGCGACCCAUUGACUUCACCGAAAUGUUGCAUUCUUCAUUUGAAAUGUUUUCUCAGGCCUUUACUGCUGCCCAUUUCAAAUCUUUCUGGGGGUUUCUCCCGUCAGUCUCCUCUUCAGGAGGUAAAAUGCAUGCUCUAUUGGGUUAAGGUCCGAUGAUUGACUUGACAGUCGAAGACCUUCCACUUUUUCCCCCCUGAUGAAGUCCUUUGUUGUGUUGGCAGUGAGUUCUAAGUCAUUGUCUUGUUGCAUGAUGAAGCUUCUCCCGAAUAGUUUGGAUGCAUUUUUCUGUAGAUUGCCAGACAAUUGUAGACUUCAGAAUUCAUUCUGCUGCUACCAUCAUGAGGUAUAUCAUCAAUAAAGACUAGUGGGCCUGUUCCAGUAUGGCGGCCUGGAAGUGCAAAACAAUGGAACAAAUUGUGAAAGACUUUUACAUUUCAGGAAACCACAAAAGCCAAAACACUUUUACAUUUCAGGAAACUAAUUAACAAAAGCCAAAACACUUUUACAAAAGACAAAACAAAUGACAAAAGACGAAACACCCGGAAAGGGAACGUGCCAUUUCGCAGGCAUUCUUAGAAAUCCCACGGCGUUUCUCUGCGAGACCUGGCCCGCUUCAACAUGAUCGGCUCCUGCAUCGCGGGUCGGCUGCGCAGAUGUAACGAGAUGUCAUCAUGAAUGGGCAUCAUCAACUGUAAGUUGCAUGGCACUUAUUUUGAAAUGUUUGAGGAUCUAUCACUAUUUCGAAGAAGUCCACAACCCUUUCCUUCCUGUUUUAACGAACGGGGGUUGAAAACUUGACACUGUCAAGGGGCCCUGGCCAUUUUGGGGGCCCCAGUUGUCCGACGCUGGUCCCGAGAAAAUAAUGAAUGGCAAAGGUACUCACACUCUGUACAGUAAAUAUACUUGUGUACAAAAUGUCUAGUAAAGGUACAAGUACUGAUAUAGCUCCCCCCGUGCUCAUGUCCAUAACUAAAAAGUAAAAAAGAUUAUUAUUAUUUUUUUUUUUUGAAACUAUGUAUUAGUGUAUAUUGUUGCUGUCAGUUGGAAAGACUUAUCUCCGAGAAAAAGAAAAACAUUUUUAAUUUUUUACUAUGUAUUAGUGCAUAUUGUCACUGUCAGGUGGAAAGUCUAUGUCCAAUUACAUAUUUUUUUUUCACAAAUCAAUAAAAAUGGUAUGUCCUCAA